GAAUGACACGAACGAAUUCGUGUUCUUUUUUCAAUCAGUGAGAAUUUCUUUGCAAACACACCAUACCUGGCAUUUAUAGUGCUCCCGUGAAGAUAAUGAUCCAAGAUCCUAAUCCCAUUUUGUGGUACGUUACGAUAAAUGGGAAACUGUUUAAGGAAAGAUGAAAACGCAAGUGAAACAAGACCCGACUUAAGGACUUCGCAAAUAGACAUGUCAUGGCCAGAUGACUUCAAAGACAUAUCACCUAUAAAUUUGCCCGAUGUCGUGGUAGAGAAUGGUAAACUAACUCUAGACUUGAGCUUUUUGAAGUUAAAAUCGCUGCCGGAGCAGGUUUGCGAAAGAGGAACUAUUGAGGUUCUAAAUCUGAACUGCAACAAGAUAUCUACUUUUCCUUAUAAAUUCGCAACCCUUCGCAAUCUCAAAGAGCUUCAUCUUAAUAAUAAUUAUCUGGAAUUUCUUCCAGCGCAAAUAUGUACCUCAGUUAAGUUAGAAGUCUUGGAACUGAAUCGCAAUCUUAUCGAAACUCUGCCCUAUUGCAUCAGCCAUUUAUGUCACCUUCGGAAACUAAAUCUCGCCUUCAACAACAUCAGGGAUCUUCCUCCAAGCAUCCGCUAUUUAACACAACUGCAUUAUUUAAACAUGGAAGGUAAUAGCCUUCAAAGCAUUCCCGAAGCUGUGUUUUCGCUAACCAGCAUGGAGGUUCUGGUUUUAAGCGAUAAUGAAAUUGAACAUCUUCCUCACAGUUUAUAUCAACUAGUUCACCUCAAAGAGCUUUACCUGGAUGAUAACAAACUGACCGAGCUUCCGGAAGCGUUACAUCGGUUUCUUUCCGAACUCGACAGCCUGAAUGUAAGCAACAAUGCUAAAGCAUUGACAUUAUGUAAGCACCAUGAGCCCCGCACGAAACAAGUCAGUAAGCGGAAACUAAAUGAUGUUGAUCCCAAUCCGGCGGCAGGAGAACCACUUGAAGAACUCGAAAAGUUUAACCGCAGUGUAGUUGCCGAAGAUCGCUCCAUGGUCUUUUCGGAAAUAAAUCUUAAUCAUCCCGAGGAGAAAAGAGACAUCUUUGAAGGAGGUCAUGCUUUUUUCAAUUUGAAAUCUGAAGACGCCAAACCGAGUGCUGCGGAGACAGCAAGGCGAAAAGCUCGGGCAACUAAAGCAAAUAUUCGUGAAGCAAUCCGUCCUUCCCCAAAGUGGCGCAUUUUGUACCGUGAAAUGAAGAAAGCAGGAUUUUUGCCAAAUGUUAACGUGAAGCUGCCGAAGCGCCAGAAGCAGGAAAAGCCGCCCAAGAUUGCGAAACAAGGGUCUCGUUACACUUGGAGAGGCUGGCGAGUCGAUUCUGAUUUUGAAUCUGCGGUUUCGCAGCCCGGAGUGUCACUAAGUUCCAGUUUUGAAGAUGUAAUGGAUGACUUCGGACAUCCUUUGAGCGUCACUCGACUUUUCCCCGAAGUGAAAAGAAUUGGCGGACGAAUUACACUCGACCUUAGUUGGCAAGAGCUUAAGUUCGUAUCCCCAACAGUGUGCGAGCUCGUAAAUCUAAACUCACUCGUUCUUGAUUUCAACCAAAUUGAAGAGUUACCUCUCUCCAUAGGAAACCUUUCCAGAUGCCGCAUGAUAAGUCUUAACUGCAACAAACUCGUUUCGCUUCCGGAAAACCUGCGAUUCCUUUCCAAUCUCAGGCGCUUGUAUUUAAACGGAAAUUAUCUUCGUGCGUUUCCUGACUGGCUUGAAAACUUCCAGCAGCUCACAUGUCUUUCCGUAGAAAAUAACGGAAUGUCAUUCUUUCCGGGGGAAAUCUUUUACCUGGAAAAUCUGGAAAAUCUUUCACUCGCGGGAAACAAGAUUAAAGAAUUGCCGGAGAAGAUCAAACGGCUUAAACGUCUAAGAGAAUUAUUUCUGGGACGUAACGUGAUUGAUACCAUUCCUUACUCAAUUGCCGAAAUGGAAUGUCUGCGAGUACUGUUUCUGGACAACAAUGAGCUGAACACGAUCCCUUACCCAGUCUUGAGUUUAGUAGAGUUACAAAAAUUAAAUCUCAAUGGCAACUCCUUGAAGUCAGUUCCAGAUAAUAUCACUAAUCUUCGAAACUUGGAGGAGUUGAACCUGGGUAAGAACAGCAUCAAAUGCUUACCAUAUUGGUUUCAUCGCUUGGAGAACCUCACAGUUUUAUUUCUAAAUUGUAACGGCAUCACAAUUUUUCCUGAGGUGCUUUGCAAGUUACCCAGCCUCAUUUCGCUUGAUUUUUCUCAAAACGAGAUCACAGAGCUGCCAGAUUUUGUACGAAGUAGUAUCGGGGAAAUGACGAACUUAGAACAACUGGAAUUAUCCAACAAUCAACUUAAAAGACUUCCGGAUAGUUUCAGGAAUCUAGUCCAUCUAGAAGUUCUUCAUCUAGAAGGAAACCCUUUGAUGGAGCUUCCCGUGAGUCUGAACGAGCUCGUCAACCUCCGAAAGCUGUACAUCGAUAGAACAAUCAAAAUACCAGAAAAAAUUUUUCAACUCCCCAAACUGGAAAUUUUUUGAUUUUUUUUUUCAGGGAAUUGUGGGUUGUAUGUGUGUUUAUAUGCAGAAAAUGGAGUUACGCUAUUUAUGGGAAAAUGGUGACAAGAAAAACAAGAAAAAAAUCGAUUGAAUGAA